GUGGGUAAAUAUAAGGUAGGGAAAAAACACACAGACUAGUUCCCAGGCACCAUUGUCACACAUCAACUAUCUGGUUACUUACUUUAGGCCUUAGCUUAGUAUGUUUUUACUAAUAUAUUUACCACAGCUCUAACUGAUGUCUCUCUUAUCAACAGUUCCUUUUUGUGAUUCUCAAAAUCUGAUGCCCUCCUUCUCUAGUGGACUAAACUUGGACCUCGUCUGACAACUCUCCUCAAUGCAGACAAGAAAGUCAGCUUGUGCUCUUCCAACAUGUCCACUCAACCACACUGCAUCUGGCGAACUUGAGUCUAUUUUUACUACCUUGUGAUGUCUGUGCAAGAGCCAAGCAGAACAACAGACUUCCCCUGUAAACAGUGUGGCAUGGUUUGUCCAAAUAUGCACAGCCUGCUUGAACACAUGGACUCCCACCUUCACGAAGAGGAAGAACGUAAGUUCAAAUGUGAUGAAUGUGGGCGUGGCUAUAGGCAUGCUGGAAGCCUGGCUAACCACAAAAAGACUCACGAAGUUGGUUCAUUUCAGUGUGAUAUAUGCGGCAAAGAAAAUUCAAAUGCAUUGUCACUAAAGAGUCAUCUCCGGAGCCACACGUCUCAGAAGAAGUACUCCUGUGCAGAAUGUGGGAAAGCUUUUCGCCUGGCAACUCAACUGGCUACGCACAAGAGAGUUCACCUCAGCAGGCGAGUGAAGGACCAUUCGUUUAAGAAGGUGCAUGUGGAGUAUCAUGCUGAGGACAAUAUAAAUGAAAUAGAAAAUAACCACCCUUAUCUUAGUGAGCAUUCAAACAGUGUUGGAAACUCUACGGUAAACAGUCCAAGUGGAGAAACGGAAGAUGUUGUCUUUAAUCCACACAUUGAUUCCUGUGAGGAAGCAGGAAACAGACCAUUCAGGUGUGACUUGUGCGACAAAUCUUACCUACACCCCCAAAGCCUGACCAAUCAUAAAAAAACCCACCAGGUAGGAAUGUUUGAGUGCUCUGUCUGUCUCAAACAGUUCAAUAACAUGUCUGCCCUCUACAGCCACCAGAGAAGUCACAGGGGGCGGAUUGGGAUGGACCCUGGUUCAGUGGGCGGGCCUUACACCACAGGAACACAACAAAGUCAGUUUUCACCUCACAGCCAGGAUGCUCCAGGUCAUUUUUGCCACUUGUGUCAAGUACCAUUCUCCAGUGAGGAGGAGUUCCAAGCACACAUCCAAAUGCACAACUCUUCCUCUGUGUCAUUUGGACCCGACAGCUUAUCAGAGAACCACAGUGUAUCAUAUGACAACAGAAUUUCUUCUCCAGAAUCUAACUUUUAUCCACCUCCAGUUAAUCAUAUUCCUCCACUAUCAUCACUGAACAACGGAGGUUUUCACCACCCACAGGACCAGAUUGUAGGUAACGGUCAUCUGUACUCUGCCGUCUCAGUUAAUCAGACUCCAUUGUCUAGUAUCACUCAGGGAGAGCAUCCAGUCACAGACACAUGUAUGAACAGUUCUAACCUAAUGCACACAGAGAACCAGGACAUUGCAGCUGAAAUAGAAGAGACUUCAACUGUAGAUUCUGAUGAGCGUCCCUUCAAGUGUCAAAUCUGCGGUAAAAGCUACCGCCACUCGGGGAGCCUCAUCAACCAUAAAAGGUCACAUCAGGUUGGCAUAUACCAGUGUUCCAUUUGCCAGAAGAAUUAUCCCCACCUGGCCGCUCUCAAAAGUCAUCUUCGUCUGCACAAAGCUCAGCCGUCGUCCUUUAGCCUCAACGUUGCUGAAGGAGACUGGCUGUCCUCAGAGCCACUGACUCUGGAUCAUCAGCAGGGCUCCUUCUCCUCACCUGAGGAGGAGGAGGGCCUUCAGUCAGGGUUUGGAAUUGAUCCGAAAAAUGAAAUAGAUCAUGGCAGUGGACCUCUGUACCAGGAGCAGUUUGCUACGAACUUUUCCCAACAAAUGACAGUGCAUCUACCUCAAAAUGAACACUUGAUGCAUAGACACAUGUGUGCCGACUGUGGUGAGACAUUUGCAGAUAUUGCAGGGAUAAAAUCACACAUUUGUCCACUCCUGCAGCAACACCACAGCACAAAUAAUGUUCAUCAUAAUCUAGAGUUGAAUGUAAACUACCAAAAUAGAAAGGGUCAGUAUCCAGCCAGUCACCCUCAGAGUAAUGUAGAAUUCUGUGGUCCUAAUAGUAGCCAUGAUCAAACAUUAUUCAGUGAGACUUUUCAUGAAAACAUAGUGAAUCAUCCACUGAAUGAUAACAGAGCUGGUGAUGACACUAAAGAGGAAGAGGAGGAGGAGGAGGAGGAUGAUGGAGAUCUGUAUCAGUGUUCUAUAUGUGGAAACAGCUACACCAGCAUGAGAGCUCUCAGGAGCCAUCUCCGAGGACACACGCAGGCCAACGACACUCCUGUGAGCUCAGAGCCUUCAUCCAUAUCCCCUCACGAAGAAGUGACGGAUGACGUGCUCGGAGAGAUGAUGAUCUGUAGUACCUGUGGGGAAAGUUUUGCAAACAGGCUGGACUUGGUUACACAUCAGCUUCUUCACAACCAAGUUCAGGUCAAUGAUAGUGAGGAUCAAAAAAUUAAGCACAAGGAUGUGUCUGAAGCAGCGAGCAUCAUCUGUGGCAGCUGUGGAAUUAUUUGUACCACCUAUCAUCAUCUGGAGACCCAUGGCUGCGAAGCUGACAGGAAAGAAAAGUUUAGUGAUUGUAAGGAGGAAAUUGGGGCUAAAGAUGUGGCCCAGAUCGAGGACAGUAGAUCCGUUAAAGAAGCAGGUGAUUCUGAAGAUCGUCAGUACAAGUGCGAUCAGUGUGGGAGGUCGUACAGACAUGCCGGCUCCCUCCUCAACCACAAGAAGUCCCAUAAAACUGGUGUAUACAGAUGUCUCGUCUGCCAAAAAAGAUUCUACAACUUGUUGGCCUUAAAAAACCAUCAGAGAUCCCACUUUGACAUCAAGAGGUUUGUUUUAAUACUCACCAAAUCCUUCAUCUGGUUCUCAUGAUGCAAAUGUUUAUCGGUCUGUAGUUCUAUGUUUUUCCACCUGAGGAGGCACAAGGAGAACCAGGCUAAAAUCCAGGAACUCAACAAUCAGAUCCAGGCUCUUAUGCAGAUGAAUGGAACCAAGAGGGAUUCAUCAAAUUCCAAACAGACUUUUAUUUCUCCUCAACGCAAUAAGCAACAGCCUGAUGAAGAUACACAUGAAACGAAACAUACAGUGAAAUCAGAGGAGACAGAUGAAGAACGACCAUUCGCCUGUGAUCAGUGUGGACGUACAUAUCGCCACGCAGGAAGCCUGGUCAACCAUAGAAACUCCCACAAGACGGGCGAAUACUGCUGCUCUGUCUGUAACAACACCUACUCCAAUCAGUUAGCUAUGAAAAACCACAUGCGAACCCACUUUGGGUUAAAAAAGCACUUGUGCCAAAACUGUGGAAAAGGAUUUAGAGGAAAGAAGCAGCUUUUAGUGCAUGUCUGCUCAGCUCUUAGACAUGAUGGCUUCAAAAGGAGAAGAGGACUUAAAUCUAAAGAAUGUAAAAAGACCUUUGUCUCUGUUCGCCAGCUGACUGCUCACAUGUGUGAAACUCCGUCAAACUGUAAUGAAACAAAUUUGUCGUCCGGCAAAGAGGAGCGCCCUUUCACCUGCAACAUCUGUAACCGCAGCUACCGUCACGCAGGCUCUCUCCUGAACCACAAAAACACCCACAAGACGGGCAACUUCAGCUGCACCUUCUGCUCCAAGCCCUUCACCAACCCCAUGGCUCUACGCAACCACACACGCAUCCACACGCAGAAGAAAAAGUUUGUGUGUCUUACCUGCGGGAAGGCCUUCCGGCUGGCCAGCAUCCUUCACAAUCACCAGAAGGUUCACAACCGCGUUGCAGGUCACUUCAGCUGCCAUGUUUGUGGAAAGAGCUUCCAGGGAAGGUCUGGACUGAAAAGACAUCGCUGCCGUAGGGGUCAGGGGAGUUCAACCAGAACUGGGCUAGAGCAAACGGAGAGAGGAGACAAGUGCUUCACGUGUGACCUGUGUGGACGCUCCUAUCGUCACGCCGGCUCCCUCCUCAACCAUAAAAAGACUCACUCUGAAAACCUCCAUCACUGUACCUUAUGUCUACAGACCUUUCCUGAUUCUGUCACUCUACAGAUUCACUCUCAGAUGAGGCGUCAUUGCUGCCCAGAGUGCGGCAAAACCUUCUGUGUGGUGGCACACCUGCAGAGCCAUAUGGAGGUGCAUGUGAAGGAGCAAACCGUGGUGUGCAACCUCUGCCAGCAGAGCUUCCUCAGCAAAGAUGGUUAUCAGCAGCACCUGGACAGGCACCACAGGGAGCAGGGAACCUAUACAGAAGCUGAGGGUGACACUAUAAAUAACCAUUGCUGGAGCUCAGGAAUUAAUGGAAAAAUGGGGAUGGAAGGGAUUCACAAACAAGUUCCACCGUCAAUGUCCCAUACUUCAGGUGACAUCACAGACUCACAAAAAGACACAGACACAGAGGAGAAGAGUCACGUCUGUGAGCACUGUGGCCGCACGUAUCGCCACGCCGGCUCCCUGCUCAACCACAAAAACAGCCACAAAACUGGCUCCUUCUUCUGCUCCAUCUGCCAGAAAGAGUUUACCAACCUGAUGGCCCUCAAGAACCACAGACGAAUCCACACCGAGCCCAAGCGCUACCAGUGCUUGGAGUGUGGGAAGGCAUUCCGUGUGUCUACCCAGCUCAUAUGUCACCGGAGGAUCCACACCAAAGAGAAGCCCUUUGCCUGUCUGCUGUGUGACAAGAGCUUUUCCAGCAAAUCCAACCUGCGGCACCACCAGAAGUUACACCAGAAUACACAGAGGUAUGACUCAUCUUUUAGCAUGGACGCCGACACCUUCAUGGACCUGGACAUGGGGUCGUUCCUGUAAAGUGUUGAUGACUAGUUCUCUUAUAUAUCCCUUAUUUAUCUUUCUAUCAGUAAUUGUAAAUGAGUAGGGUUUUCUUUUCCCAGAAAGUGUUCCUUCUGAAGAUGCACACUUCACUGCUGACUUACAGUCUUACCUCUAUAACAGUUCAUUCUUGUCUUUUUAUAAGAUCUGAAUGUUUUCUGUAAAAACACAGAUUCCCAGGUUGUUGGGCAGGUGAUAAAACUUGUCUCUGAGAAAAAGAAAAAAAAGCCAAAGUAAAGAGUAAAAAAAAAAAAACAAGAGCCAGGGCCACAAAGAGUAUUAACAGUGCCCCCCCUGCUAUUAUUCUGUAUAAUUGUAUGUUCAGUGCCUCUGACAGUUCUUAGAAAUAAUACAAACGUAUUUAUCUUUGAUCUCUUGGGUCUGUUUUGUUUUAAAUAAUAGCAGGCAACAGUCCUACACGGAGGACAAGCCUGUUAUUAUUUACAGAGAACUCUAGUCAGUUUAAGCACAGGCUCGGCCUUUCAUUAUAAACAAGUAAGCAAUGAUUCAGCGCAGUUGGAGUUUUCCUGCUGGUUAGUUCAACUGGUAAAGAAGAAACAGGCCAUGUUGUUAGAACAAGCUGUUUUAAAGCACUGAAAAUAUUAUUACGUCCUAAAUUGUGUCGUGUUUUCAUUAAUUUUAUUUAAAUUAAAAAGCGUUUUAUGCAGUGGCUUAAUGUAAACAUCAAGAUUGUGGUUGUAUUAUUGGUGCAGCAUGUGUACUCUGACGUGGUUGGAUCACAUACUCUCUUACUCUAACAACAGGGCUGUGCGUGAAAACCAACUGGAGUUCUCCAUUGAGGCCAAUAUCUCUGGAAGCGUCCAAAGGCCUACGGCAAAGUGGUUUUGCUAAAAUCCUAUAAUCGAGUAAAUAGUUGUACUACUACUAAUCAUAUUGAGUGAUACUAUAUGUUUAAGAAAUUAUGUAUUUAAUAACUUAUUGUUGUCAUUCUGUGUCCAUAUUUUAAAAGUCACUUUUUAUGGAUGUUGUUUGAAAAUAGGUCUUUGUUCACAGUGGUUAAAUAGGCAGGAAGGAAUGAACCAAGCAACACUCAGGGCCAACCUUUAAAAGGAACAAACCUGACGUGUCCAACAUGUUGGUUGUCACUUUUUUAUUUUUUAUUUAACUUGUGAUGCCAUGGUUUUUGAAGUCCAACUCUAGUGGACAGCUACUGCAUGAGUGACCUCAACAAAAUCAGUCAUGUAGACAAGCCAGUGCCUAAAAUGUAAAGCGACUGUAGCAGAUUUACUAACCUUGGUAUACUGUAAAACAUAACUGCUUUUUAAAAAUUAUAUUUCUGAUUUAUUUCACCCUCAAAUGUAAAAAAAAAAAGGAUUUCAGGAAGGUGUUUAUAAAAUACAGUCAGAUGAAAAUGGUUUUCAUGUUCACAUUGACUGUAUAUGUGAAGUGGUCUAACUGUACACUGCAGUAGGACUGUAAACUUGGGAAGUAAACAGGAAGUACUCUCAGCUGGUUCCCGAGGUACUUCCUGUACAUGGAAGAUUGUGGGGAAACGAGGCGACUUGUACGGUUAUUUUUAACUUCAGUAACUGUUUUUCCAAAUAAUUCCAUUCUGAGGAAAAUAUACAGUACAGCAUGACAGUGAAUGGCACAUAUGAGUGGAUGCCAUGUGAUUUACAGUUUAGCCAUCCACUAGAUUUUAGAGAUAAAAUCCUGAGGCCGGUUGCCACUGAUUUGUUUAGUAACAUUUUACCAAGAACAAAAUCAAAGUCAUGCACACUUUCAGAGACUGGUUAUUAACACCAUAUUUUUUAUUUAAAUGCCAAAUUUCUGCCAAGCGCAAGUUUAUCUGCCAACAAGCCAGAACCAUUUUUUCUGUGAGUUUUUCUUUAUUUAUUUGCCAAUUGAUUAUUAAUGUUGCUCUUUGAGCGGUUUCUUUGUGGAAAAAAGUGGGUACCAAGUGUUUAUUUCAAUGGCCUUUGUUCUACGAGAGUUUAACGCUAUGUAUAGGCUACAUUUCAUGUUUGUUCCUUUGGCACUGGUAAGAUGGUUGAUAUACCUCACUGAAAGCCCUGUCUACCUAGUUCUGCUAUUUUAAUGCCUCACACAGCAUAAUUGUAGGAAAUACAGUGUAACCACUCUGAUGGAGAGCAGUUGUGAGACUGAAUUAAUGAAGCGUCAAGUUUAAGAAUUUACUUGCAGGAUUCCAGAAAGUGUUGCUCUGCAGUUUGUUCUUUCCCAAGAGUUCUAUCUGCAAAUGUGUAGUUGAAACCCUUACAGCCUCAUGAGGACGGAGGUUCUGCACCGUAGUUCACCUCAGCUCAUUUUGCGGGUCAUGACUAUUAAGCAAUAUGCUGAAAGUAUUGUUUCAGUGCACGGACUGACUGUGUGUCAUCUGUCUUCAUUUGGGUCUAAUGUUGCCACAUUCUCCCAUUAUUCAGAAGCCUGAAUAAUUGUGUAUUAAUGUUUUUUUUGUUUGUUUUGUUUUUGUUUUUUUGCCUUGGUCGCCUGCAUGUUAGAGGUCAGACCUUCUUCAGUUGGAAAUGUAAACUGAUUUUAUUUUUGUACGAUGUUCAUGUUGUUGAUUUCUGUGGCACUUAUUGCAUUCUCUGCUGGUUCAUUGAUCUCAGUCCCAGCCUGGUAUUUGUGGUGUGGAUGCUAAUCUCAAAGCUCGUUGUAAAUAUCACCAACAGUAAUCCCUGUACAUUUAAAGGCAAGCAUUUGUUGUACAGGAAGAAGAAUGACUAGAUUAGCUAAUGGUGUGACAGAGGAACAUUUGCCACACAUUUUCUUUCUUUGAAUUUAAGUGCUUGAAAUGUCUGCCCGGUAUUUAAUUUAUAUUUAUAAAACUAUUUUGUCACUAAGAAGUGUAGAUUUUUACUUCUUUGUUAGACCUUAGAGGCUUAGGGUACCAGCACAUUAUGGACAAAACUAGAUGAAAUAAAUGAAAAGACUUGAAAACGCA